AUGUUGUCUAUGAUCAAACAAGCUGGCUCAGCUGCUGAUGCCAAGAGAGGUCAGUCAUUGCUGCUCAAUAUCAGUGCUGCCAAGGGUCUCCAGGCUGUGCUCAAGUCAAACCUGGGUCCAAAGGGUACCAUCAAGAUGUUGGUCUCUGGUGCAGGUGAUAUCAAAUUGACCAAGGAUGGCAGUGUAUUGUUGCACGAGAUGCAAAUCCAACACCCAACCGCAUCUUUGAUCGCGAGAACAGCUACUGCACAGGAUGAUAUCACUGGUGAUGGUACGACUUCAAAUAUUAUUACGAUUGGAGAGAUGUUGAAACAGAGCGAGCGAUUCUUGUCAGAGAAUGUUCAUCCUCGUGUCCUCUCAGAGGGCUUCGAGCUGGCCAGAGACAGAUGUCUCCAGUUCUUGGAGGAGUUCAAGGUGACCCGCGAUACAUUGGACCGCGAGUUGCUCGUCAACAUUGCCCGCACAGCUCUUCGCACCAAGCUGCCACAGACUAUCGCCGAUCAGUUGACAGAGAACGUCGUCGACUCGCUCUUGCUAAUCCACAAGCCAGGCGAGCCACUCGAUCUCUACAUGGUUGAGACUAUGACCAUGCAGCACCGCACAGAUGGCGAGUCCCACCUCGUCAAGGGUCUUGUCCUCGACCACGGUGCACGUCAUCCAGACAUGCCCAAGAGGUUGACCAACUGUUUCAUCCUCACAUGCAAUGUUUCAUUAGAGUUUGAGAAAACCGAGGUGAACUCCAAUUUCUUAUAUAAGGAUCACGAGCAGAGAUCAAGAAUGAUUGAUGGAGAGCACAAGUUGGUUGAGGAGAGAUGUAGACAGAUUAUCGAGUUGAAGAAUCACGUUUGCGAUACACCAGAUAAGAACUUUGUAGUUAUUAACCAGAAGGGAAUCGAUCCAAUCUGUUUGGAUAUGUUGGCCAAGGCAAACAUUAUUGGUCUUCGUCGCGCCAAGAGAAGAAAUAUGGAGCGUUUGACAUUGGCCUGUGGUGGUAUCGCCAUGAACUCGCUGGACGAGCUCUCACCAGACUGCUUGGGACACGCCGAGUUGGUGUACGAACACACGAUUGGCGAGGAGAAAUACACGUUUGUCGAGGGCGUCAAGAACCCGUUCUCGUGCACCAUCCUGAUCAAGGGCCCAACCAAGCAUCUGAUCGAGCAGAUCAAGGACGCCCUGCGCGACGGUCUGCGCGCCGUCAAGAACACCAUCGAGGACAAGUGCGUCGUGCCAGGUGGUGGCGCCUUCCAGAUCGCCGCCCACGACGACCUCAUGAAAUACAAGGACACCAUCAGCGGCAAGACCAAGCUCGGUGUGCAAGCCUUUGCCACCGCCCUGCUCGUCGUGCCCAAGACUCUGGCCGAGAACUCUGGCUUUGACCCAAUGGACACCAUCAUCAAGCUGCAGGAGGAGCACGCCAAGGGCCAGACGGCCGUUGGUCUUGACAUCGUCACUGGUGAGCCAAUGGACCCAGCUGCCGAGGGUGUCUGGGACCAAUACUCUGUCCUGCGACAGAUCUACAGAUCGGCGCCCAUCAUCGCCGGUCAGCUCCUGUUGGUCGACGAGAUCAUCAAGGCUGGAAAGGGCAUGAGAGGCUCAUCCGUCCCAGAGGGAGGUGGCCCAGAG